UUCCCAACGCCCCCAAAAAAUCUCCAAAACCAAACCAAACCAAAGCCCCCCACUCCAACGCUCUCCUCCCAAAUCCGCCAUGCUCCCGCACCGCCUCCGCCUCCUCCUCCUCGCCGUCGCGGCCGCGGCCGCGGCGUGCGGCGCCGCCUCGGCGAAGCCCACCGCCUACCAGGCCCUCGCGGACUUCGACUUCCCGCCGGGGAUCCUCCCCAAGGGCGUGGUCGCCUACACCCUCGACAACUCCACGGGCGCCUUCACGGCCACGCUCGACGCCUCCGCGUCCGGCGCGGGCAAAUCCGUCUGCGAGUUCUCCAUCCAGGGCUCCUACUCGCUCCGCUACCAGACCAAGAUCACAGGCAAGAUCAAGCCCGACCACCUCUACAACCUCCAGGGCGUCUCCGUCAAGGUCCUCUUCUUCUGGCUCAACAUCGUCGAGGUCAGCCGCAGCGGCGAUAACCUCGAGUUCUCCGUCGGCAUCGCAUCCGCCGACUUCGGAAUCGAAAACUUCCUCGAGUGCCCCACCUGCGGCUGCGGGUUCGACUGCAACGACCUCCUCAUGCUGAAGCCGGGGGCCGCCACUGCCAAGCUGCGCCUGCGAGGUGCGUUUUAGAAUUCCGCUUCUGCAGAUUGAAUGAUACUGCUGCUGUAAGCUACUACCGCUAGCGAUGUAUGUCUUAGAUGCUUAGUAGAUGCGUUAAUAAAGAGAGGAAAGGUGAAAGGUCCCAGCUUUUAGAUGUGAGAUGGAAUAGCAAGUUCAGUACUCGAUUUCAUGUUUCGCCAAUGUUUCAGACAGUUUAGGGACAACUGGAGAAGCAACUAAGACCUUUCAAAUCUUUUUUUAUAAGUCUACGAGAAUUAUGAUCUUUCCCUUGUGA